AGCAUAUACAUAACACAACCCACACGUCUCUUAUUCUCUCUACCUGUGAAUUCCGAGAAACCCAACACCAAGAACAAAGAAACCAAAACCCACAAAACAAACAGCGAGAGAAACCGGAAGACAAACGAGUUCUGAGAGACGAAAAUGGUGGCAGACGAGACUGUGAAGCCCGGAACCUUGGAGGAACAGAGCAACACCAACGCUGCUCCAAACCCAAACCCAAACCCAAACCCAAACCCAAACCUGAGAGCUGUGGAGGAAGAAGAAGAGGAUGAGCUUGAAGAGGGAGAGAUCGCUGGGGGAGAAGAUGAGUCCAAGGGAUCUUCAGCUACGACAGCUGUGACUCACCCUCUUGAGCAUUCUUGGACUUUCUGGUUCGAUAACCCAUCUGCCAAGUCCAAGCAAGCCGCUUGGGGUAGCUCCAUGAGACCCAUCUACACCUUCUCUACAGUCGAGGAGUUCUGGAGCGUUUACAACAAUAUUCAUCAUCCUGGCAAGUUGGCUGUGGGAGCAGACUUUUAUUGUUUUAAGGAUAAAAUAGAGCCAAAAUGGGAGGACCCUGUUUGUGCUAAUGGAGGGAAGUGGACUCUAAGCUUUUCUAGAGGGAAAUCUGAUACCUGUUGGCUAUAUACAUUGCUAGCAAUGAUUGGAGAACAAUUUGAUCAUGGAGAUGAAAUUUGUGGAGCAGUUGUCAAUGUCAGAGCUAGGCAGGAAAAAAUAUCUCUAUGGACGAAGAAUGCUACAAAUGAGGCUGCACAGGUAAGUAUUGGGAAACAGUGGAAGGAGUUCCUUGAUUACAAUGACAACAUAGGAUUUAUAUUUCAUGAUGAUGCAAAGAAACUUGACAGAGCUGCUAAGAAUCGCUACAACGCAUGAUCUGCUUAGUGUGUGUUUAAGUGUUUUUAGGAUGAUGCGUAGAGGAUACAAGAUGUUUUCUGGAAUAAGAACGAAAGCUCUACCCAGAGCAACAACUAUUGGCACUUCAAAAGGCUUAUUCUAGGAUUCUAGACUCAGUUGUGGCUAUCUCAGGCUCUUCUGCUUUUUGCUAAAGAAUUUACAGUGCAAAAUUUUACUUUUUUAAUGAUCUUUAUAUGAUGUUCAAUGACAAUUAGUUUAGUGUCUCAAAAAAAAAAAUCGUUGCUUUUC